AUGGAAGCGCCUUCGAUUGAAUCGAUACCUCAAAUCAUAAAUCAAGAUGAUGCAGAGGCAAUGGUACAGUGUACAAGUAUGAAUUCGCUACUCGAUGAUGAGAAUAUUGAACAAGAGAAGGUAUUUGUUCAUCAAGAAAGUCAAGUAAAUAGAGAAGAUUUGAAAUCGAUGAAGAGGAUUGAAACACCGAAACGUCCUAGACCGAUUAAAUCUGCUACCAGUCAAUUCUCUACAAAAACAAUCGAGCGGCCAUUGAAAACGGAUCUUCCACCAUCGAAGACUGACGAUCAUCCUGUUACAAGGAACUCUGUGACAGUAGACACAAGCAAAGCAAGAUCCAAUCUCGAUGUCGUUAGAAUGUGCAUUCGAGAGCUCCGUUGGAAAGAAUGCCCGUUUCCUUCCGCGUCGGAUUCAGAUAUCUACUGGCACUCGCAAACCUUUCAUGAAGGUAAUGCUAACUUUGCAUCAAGUUCAGGACGAGUGAAUAAAUUUCCUGGUAUGAGCGAUUUGUUGCGUAAAGUUCAUCUCACACGUUCGUUGAACAACAUGAGAUUAUUAUUUCCGGACGAAUACAAUUUCUAUCCUAAAACAUGGUUUCUUCCCGAGCAAAAUCAACAAUUUAAAGACGACAUCCGUUACAUUCAUAAGCAAGAUAAAAUGCAUCAUCGAUCACUAACAACGUUCAUCGUUAAACCAUCAGAUGGUUCACAAGGCGAAGGUAUCUAUUUACUCCGAGAUCCAGCACAUUGCACUGUCACUAGUCGUCCGCAUGUGGUCCAAGAAUACAUCGAUCGACCAUUACUGAUGAAUGGCUUGAAAUUUGAUUUGCGAAUUUACGCUCUCAUUCUAAAUCUUUAUCCAUUAGAAAUCUUCCUCUACGACGAAGGGCUCGUUCGUUUUGCGACAGUGCACUACGAUGCGCCAUCAACAGACAAUCUUCAUCAAACUUAUAUGCAUUUAACUAACUAUUCGUUAAACAAGCGUAGUUCAAACUAUAAACAUGUUGUAGAUAGUCAUCAGACAGACGGAAGUAAACGCAAAUUAAGCACCGUCUGGAAGCAAUUAAUUUCUAGCUAUGGUAAUGUUCGAAUCGAAGAAGUCAAAUUAUCAAUUAUUGAAAUGGUUAAUAAAACUAUUCUUGCUAUUUUACCUAAUUUACGAGUAGAAUAUGAGCUAGAAAUACCGUUAACACGGAAGCAAAGUCUUUCCUGUUUUCAAAUCGUUGGUUUUGACAUAAUUCUAACGAAUGAAUUGAAACCGGUUCUACUUGAAGUCAAUGCUAAUCCAUCGCUUCGAAUUGAUUUUGAUAAAGAAAAUGAAACGGGGAAGAUCACCUAUCAUGCAAGUCCGAUCGAUGAAGAGAUUAAACGGCCGUUAAUAUUAGAAACAUUAAAAUUGGCUUUACCCAAGAAAAGAUUGCAAACAUUUACUCGCCAUGCGCAAAUUCAAGUGAAAGAUGAAUUAUUAACUCAACGCUUGGAAAGAGUUGCUCAACGUCGCAUCGAUGAACGAAAUGAACGAUUUAAAAGUGCUCGAAAUACACGGUUUGAUAUCAAACGAAAUCCGUACUUUUCUCGUCCAUUACCAACUCGAAAGUCAAAAGAAUGCGAAGAUAAAAUAUCAAUUGAAUCAUCUCAUGAGUUGCUACUCUCCACAGAUAAGCCAACCAUCCGUGAGAAAGCCACUUCUAAAGAGCAACGCGGUAGAUCAGCAACCGUUGCAAGACGUUCAAUGAUGAAAUCUGCAGCAAGUCGUCCAAGAUCACCAUCUCGAUUCAAUUCAGCGAAAAGAUUACAACUCAUCUAUCCAUCAUCAGACAAAACGAAGUAUCAACAUUUAGUUCUAAUCGAUAAAAUUGCUUAUAUCUACAUUCACUUCGUGGUUAUUCAUGGAGAUAAAACAAUGAGUAAUGCGCAAUUUCGAACAUUUGCAAAUACAUGUGGGAUUAUCGAUGAAAUAAUCACAGCAUCGUCAAUUGACAUUCUCUACUAUCAGAUAGUAAGAAAAUGGCAGCAAUUCGUGUCACGAGUUCCUGUGACAGGUUUACCAUUCUCCGCUUUUGUAGAAGUUAUGUUUCUUUUAUCUCAACGUAAAUAUACCAGUGCCUCAUCGUUACUCGACAGUGUCUAUGAACUAGUUAACAUAUGCAUUCGUAAUUUAAAAUCAUCUUUUCAAACGUCUGCUUCUCAACAGCAGCAGCAGCAUUCUAUUCGAAACAAUCGUACAGUACCGAAACAAACGACGAAAAGUAUUUUCCCACUAUUUUUCGAUGUUUUAUAG